CCCAAUAAAAAGACGCCCAGCUACCAGCCCAACACCACCACCUCCACCCUCAUCCACCUCCUCCCCACCACCUCUUACCUUUUUUCUUUAUUUCUCCCCAUCCUUGGUUCUCUGUGACAUUUCCACAAACAUCCAAACGGCAACCCGUCGGUGUACUUCCAUUAUUAUAUCUUGAGUAACAUGGGACUUUGAGCUGUUUUCAAGAAGAAUCCCAAAGCUGCUAACGUUAUCUGUUUGGUUGUCUUUCUUCCUUUUUCCUUUUAUAAGUUGAUCGAUGAAAUGAAGAGUAAGGGAAGAAGAAGUAGCGGUGGUUCUGUAAAUUGGGUUUGGAGGUUUUCUGGGUUUUCAUGGCGGCUUGUGAUUUGGUAGGGGGGAGUGUUUAUGGGAAUAAUAAUGGGAGUGGUAAUGGCGGCGGUGAAAUUAGUCCACUGACGGUGAUAACCACCGCGUCGAAUAGUACUAGCAGGAGUAACUUGUCGGAGAGGAAGAUGGUGAGGAAGAGGAUGGCGCCAGAGAUUGGGGACUAUAACCGGUUUCCUCGCCGGAGUUUGGCGGCUGAGAAUGUUGUCGGGCGUUCUUUCUUGGCGGCCACGGUGGGUAAUGGUGCGGUUAAUCCUAACGCUGUUCUCAACUACUCCACCAUGAAUGUAAAUACCGCCAUGGUGUCUUCAACCGUGACGCCAGCCGGACCUGGGUUUUUAGCUACUACUUUUCCCAAUUUUUCCUCGGUGGAAGCCGUCCCAGCUAACCCUUCUCAGACUCCCGCCGUCUGUGGAUUCUCGGGUCUGCCGUUGUUCCCACCUCCGGAGAGAAAUAGAAACCCAACGGCUGGAAUUGCUACGUCUUCGUCUGUUUCUUUGGCUCCGAUUGCCAUGGAGGACACCACGGCCACCGCAUGGAUCGACGGAAUCAUAAAGGACCUUAUCCACAGCUCCACCAACGUUUCGAUUCCUCAGCUCAUCCACAACGUCCGGGAAAUCAUCUACCCCUGCAACCCAAAUCUCGCUUCACUUCUUGAGUACAGGCUUUGCUCGUUAAUGGAACCUCUGGAACGGAGGAGGAAGGAGCUGCAACCGUUGCACUUGCCGCUUCCGGUAGGGUUACUGCAGAGGCAAGCAGCCUCCCCCGGAAUCACGCUCAACUCGGAUUCUGAAACUCUAGAUACUGUCCCUAAUUUUUCCUUGCUGGAAUCUUCUACGAUGAAUCCGUACUCAAACUGGGGUAUAACUCCACCGCUUCCAGUCUCCUCCGGCGAUGGAAACAACCAGCAUCAGCCGUACGAUCAUCAAGUACCUAUUCCCCCUUCUACUGCACCGGUUCUUUCACUAAAUGAAACACAGAAUAUUUCUCCUCCCCAAGUAUCUCAUGCUCUGGACCAACCGUUGGAAGAAGAAAACUCUUCUCCAGUAGCGACAACGCCUCCACCAACCACCGUCCCAACGCCCACGUCCACCCUCCAAACAAGCAGCAACGGAGACAAAAAAGAGGAGUUACGGCGACAGAAAAGAGACGAAGAAGGGUUGCACCUCUUGACCUUACUCCUGCAGUGCGCGGAGGCCGUUUCAGCCGAUGACUUCGAGGAAGCAAACCGGAUGCUCCUAGAACUUUCCCAACUAGCGACGCCGUUCGGGACGUCUGCGCAGCGCGUGGCGGCGUAUUUCACGGAAGCAAUGUCAGCGAGGCUUGUAAGCUCGUGUCUGGGAAUCUAUGCGGCGCUCCCAACGCUUCCGCAGAGCCACAGCCAGAGAAUGGCUUCGGCGUUCCAAGUGUUCAACGGAAUUAGCCCGUUCGUAAAAUUCUCCCAUUUCACAGCGAACCAGGCGAUCCAAGAAGCGUUUGAGAGAGAGGAGAAGGUGCACAUCAUAGAUCUCGACAUAAUGCAAGGGCUACAAUGGCCCGGACUCUUCCACAUCCUGGCGUCGAGACCUAGCGGCCCACCGCACGUCCGACUAACCGGUCUCGGAACUUCUAUGGAAUCCCUCGAAGCCACCGGAAAACGCCUCUCCGAUUUCGCCGAGAAACUGGGUCUCCCCUUCGAGUUCCAUCCGGUGGCAGACAAGGUCGGAAAGAUAGACCCGGAAAGGCUGAAUGUCAGUAAGAGGGAGGCCGUUGCCGUCCAUUGGCUGCAGCAUUCACUGUACGACGUAACUGGGUCUGAUACAAACACCCUCUGGCUUCUGCAAAGAUUAGCGCCGAAGGUCGUGACGGUGGUGGAACAGGACCUGAGUCCGGCGGGGUCAUUUUUAGGGAGGUUUGUGGAGGCGAUACAUUACUACUCUGCGCUGUUUGAUUCAUUGGGAGCGAGCUAUGGAGAGGAAAGUGAGGAGCGGCAUGUGGUGGAGCAGCAGCUGUUAUCGAGGGAGAUACGGAAUGUUUUAGCUGUGGGAGGGCCAUCGAGGAGCAGGGAGGUGAAGUUCCAUAACUGGAGGGAGAAGUUGGAGCAGUGUGGGUUUAAGGGUAUAUCUCUGGCAGGCAACGCCGCCACACAAGCCACCCUUUUGCUGGGUAUGUUUCCGUCCGAUGGGUAUACAUUGGUGGAGGAUAGCGGUACACUCAAGCUUGGAUGGAAGGACCUUUGCUUGCUCACUGCUUCCGCGUGGCGGCCUUUUCAUGUUAGUACUGCGGCGGGCGCCGCCCACCGGUGUUAGCUUUCUUUCUUUUUCUUGAUAGGGUUUGAGGGAUGUGAAAUGUAAAUGUACCUAUUAUCACUUACUGCUAUAAUUUGAAUUCUUAGUUCAUUAUCAAAUUUAAUUGAUUAUAUCAUCAGGAAUGUCUGCUUGUCACAGCAGUUAUUUCAUGUU